AUGUUCACAGAUGAUGUAGAUGUGGGGUUGGAAAAAUACCCUACUGCCUACGUCCGGGGGGUCAUUGAAGGGGUGGAAGCGUCAGUGUUGGUUGACUCUGGGGCUUCUGUGUCUUUAAUUAGUUCCGAUUUCCGUAUGGCGGUUCCCACACUGCGCGGACGGCCAUUGAAGAAGGACUUUAUUGGCUCACGGGUAGUAAAUGGACAGACACUAGACACACUGGGCACUGUAGACGUGUCUCUUCACUUGGGCCGGGCCUCUUGGCGGCACACUUUUCAUGUGCUGAGGGAGUCUACUCAGGCGGUCCUAUUGGGGUUGGACUUUCUGGCAGUGAACAGGGCGUUGCUCGACCUGGGGCGGGGGGUUUUGGAGAUCGGUGAUACGUGCCUCCCCUUGCUUUACCAGGCUCAGCUUGUCCCUGAGUGCUGCAAUGUAUCUCUGGCCAAUGGUGUGAUUAUACCUCCCUUAAGUGAGGCUUUGGUGCCAGUUCAUGUGCGUCCACCGGGUGGUGCUAACAGGCCAGUAACUGACUUUGAGGGCUACUUGGAACCAAAUGUCCCUGAUUCGGCUGGUUUAGUCUUAGCUCAUACCGUGGCUAAUGUGAAGAAUGGGGUUACUGUUGCGCAUGUUCUCAAUCCCUCUGGGAAAGCAGUGGAGCUCAAGCAAGGGCUGCACAUAGGGGAAUUUUAUCCUAUUCACGAGGUUGGUGCACCAUCGGUGGUGCCCACUUCAAAUAAAUCUUCUGUCCCGUGUAUGGUCACAGACUCUCCAGUCAACGAGCGACAGAGGGCUGAAUUACAGGAGCUUUUGAGUCGUUUUAGUAACGUGUUUAGUACCCCAGAUGGGAACACUGGGAAGUGCUCUUUAAUCCAACACCACAUUCGCACUGGUGAUAACCCCCCAAUUAAGCAGCGGGCAUAUCGGACGUCUCCUGAGAAAAGGGCAGAGAUUGAGCGUCAGGUGGGUCAGCUACUGGCAGAUGGCCUGGUGGAGGAGAGCUUCAGUCCCUGGGCCUCACCAGUCGUGCUCGUCAAGAAAAAAGGUGGUCAGUGGAGGUUCUGUAUCGAUUACCGCCGUCUUAAUGCGGUUACAAUUAAAGAUUCGCACCCGCUGCCGCGUGUGGACGACAGCUUGGAUGCGCUGGCCGGGUCAAUGUGGUUCAGCACAUUGGACUUUUCGAACGGAUACUGGCAGGUGGAAGUUGCCGAGGAGGAUCGUGAAAAGACCACCUUCACGACCGGUAGGGGAAUAUACCAGUGGCGGGCCAUGCCAAUGGGCCUGUCCAAUUCGCCUGCCACCUUCCAGCGUAUGAUGGAGCUAGUCCUGCGUGGUCUCCCCUGGCACACCUGCCUCGUAUAUCUGGACGACAUUUUGAUUUUCAGUCGAACAUUUGAGGACCAUCUUGGCCAUUUGGGGGAGGUGCUGACAAGGAUAGAUUUGGCCGGACUGAGAUUGAACAGCAGCAAAUGUCAUUUUGCAAAGGACCAUGUAGUGUUUUUUGGACAUGUGGUGUCUAGAGAUGGUCUCCGCCCGGACCCUCGGAACACUGAUAAAGUGAGGUUAUGGCCGACACCGACCUCUGCUGCUGAGGUCCGUGCUUUUGUGGGCCUGUGCUCCUAUUAUAGACGUUUUGUGCAGAACUUUUCCCAGCAUGCGGCUCCACUCAAUCAUCUGGCCAGUAAAAAUGUCCCUUUUAAAUGGACGUCAGAGUGUGAGGCAGCAUUCACCUUUUUGAAACAUCGUCUGACCUCCUCCCCUGUAGUGGUGUCACCAGACUUUUCUCGCCCCUUUAAAGUUUACACCGAUGCGUCAAAGGACGCUGUUGGGGCGGUACUGGCGCAGGAGAAUGACGGUUUGGAACAUGUAGUGGCCUACGCCAGUCAAGCCCUCACUCACACCCAGAAACGCUGGUCCACCUUUGACCGUGAACUGUGGGCGGUUGUCUGGGCUGUGCGCGAGUUUAAACAUUAUGUGGGGCUGUCAGCAUUCACUAUUGUUACUGACCAUCGUCCUCUACUAGGCCUUCGUGGCAUGUCCAUUGACAAUGACCCUACUGGUAAACGGGGGCGGUGGAUCCUGGAGUUGGAUCCCUUUAAUUGGGCCAUCAUCGGGAGGACGGAUCACGGCAUUUGA